AUGGGAGAGAGGAAAGGUCAGAAUUUCUAUUAUCCACCGGAUUUCGACUACAAAAAGCACAAAAGCUUGAAUCGCUAUCAUGGAGUCCAUGCUUUACGUGAGCGCGCACACAAGAUCUCGCAAGGGAUUCUUGUCAUCAGGUUUGAAAUGCCGUUUAACAUAUGGUGCCUUGGUUGCAAUAAUCAUGUUGGAAUGGGUGUACGUUAUAAUGCUGAAAAGAAGAAGAUUGGCAUGUAUUAUACGACUCCUCUAUACGAGUUUCGUAUGAAAUGCCAUCUCUGCGAUAAUUAUUUUGUAAUAAGAACGGAUCCUAAGAAUUUCGAUUAUGAACUGGUGGAAGGAUGUACACGACAAGAAAAACGAUUCGAGCCAUCUGAAAUUGAUCAAGUGGACACUGCCGAUAGUGCCUUCAGUCAUAAAUUAGCCGCAGAUGCCAUGUUCAAAACCGAGCAUCAAGAAGAUGACAAAAGUAAGGCUACCAGUGAUGAAGUUCGAAUGGAGAAGAUUGAAUGGGUCCAGGAAAGGCUCCGUGACGAUUUUGCUGCAAAUCAGGCGCUUCGCGCACAGUUCAGGAGGGAGAAAAAGGAACUGACUGAGAAAAGAGCCCGAGAUGAUGAUCUUCGUGCGCGAUGCUCGUUGAGCAUACCGCUGGCUCCAGAGGAUCCGAACGAUAAAAAAGUAGCUGGCAUGCUAACCCGGUAUCGCACGGUCAAAACUUAUGACGAGCGUAUGGAAGAGAAACGGAACGAGAUCACUGCAAAGAGAAUAUUUCAAUCCGGUUCCAGUGGUCCAUCGACGUCAUCUGCUAAAUCGGACACUCCUUCAUCUAUAGAAAGGCUGAAAACUAGCAUAAGACGUGAUCGUAAUCGAAAAAUCAACAAUAGUGUGAGUAUCAUUGACCGUUUUAUCAUUCGUUCGCCAUAA